GAAACUCGGGGACCCUUCUACUUCUAGGCUUGUAUUUCUUCCAUCUGUUCCCGCUGGGCGGGUGGUUUGCCUGGAGCCUGUCUCGUUUGGUUUUUCAUUUUUGUUCCCUCUCUACUCUCUAGUUUCCCACGCUUAUAUUUAUUUUCCCUCUCAUUGAAAAUUUUCUCAAAUCUCGACAACUAUUUCGCGGGUUCAUUUCUCAACAGAGCCACAAAAGGUUGAUUUUGCAUCGGGAGCUUUGUUGAUUUGUUUGGCGCGGCUCUUCUGCUUCUGGUUGGCUGUUGUUUUUGUUUGUUGGACAGCUAGUAAUCUAGGGUUUGGUUUGGGUUUUGGUCUAUUCUAGCAGAAUUAGGGUUUCUGUAGUUCGUUUUUGGUACCUGGAUUGGAGAGAGAGAGAGAGUUUGUGUGUGUGUGUCUUGCUGACUACGCACAACGGACGUUUUUUUUUUUUAUGCCAACAUGGAGAAGUUUGAAUUGUGCAUUCAGUUAAUUGCAUGGCGUUUUCAUUGGUUAUAAGGUUUUUGAAUAUGAAGCUAUCAUUUCUAGUUAUCCUCGGGUUUCAGUCCUGUCUAUUUCAUUAAGUUGAUUUAAGGGCUGCUCCAAACUUCAUUCAUUUUGGUCCCAAGGAGGUGUCUAACUUGGAGGGAAAUUCUGAUAUUGUUUUGUUGUGGCUUGUGUGGAUACUGAGUUGACAUAUUGGUUAUUUGGUAUAUAUGAGCAGAUAACUUGAGGGAGAUAUAUGCUAAAAAAGGGCUGGGGUGAGGCCAGACUCACCAUGUAUUGCUCUCUUCCUACUAUCAUUUGAACAAAUUGAGAAUAAGGUGGGAGAGGUCAUGAGGGAAGCAUAGCUGGGUAAUAUCUGUAUCCUCUGUAAACCAUGGACUGCAACAAAGAAGAGGCCAUCAGAGCCAAGGUAAUUGCAGAGAAGAAGAUGCAAACCAAGGAUUUUAUGGGAGCUCGGAAAAUUGCUCUCAGAGCCCAACAACUUUAUCCAGACCUAGAGAACAUAUCCCAGUUGCUAACAGUAUGUGAGGUGCAUUGUUCUGCCGAGCAGAGGAUAUUUGGAUCUGAGAUGGACUGGUAUGCAAUCCUUCAAGUUGAACAAACAGCAGAUGAAGCAUCAAUAAAAAAGCAGUACCGAAAGCUUGCACUCCUACUUCAUCCUGAUAAAAACAAAUUUUCUGGAGCAGAGGCUGCAUUUAAGCUGAUUGGGGAAGCCCAGAGAGUGCUUUCUGACCAGGCAAAACGUUCUGCCUAUGACAUGAAACGUAGAAACUCCAUGAGAACAGUUGUUGUGCCAAAGCAGCCCCAACCUCAGGCAAGUAGAAACUCUUCUGUCAGGAAACAACCUGGGGCUCAGAGCAAUUUUGUGAAUGUUGCUCCUCCACAGUUCACAAGCACCCAGUACCAGCAGCAGCAGCAGCAGGGCCAACCAGUGUUCUCCAAUGGCCGGCAGACUUUCUGGACAAUGUGCCCUUCUUGUGGUGUAAAGUAUCAGUAUUUCACAGAAACUUUGAACAAGUAUCUGAAUUGUCCAAAAUGUACAAAGCCCUUUAUUGCAAGACAGUUAGAUGCUCAAGGUGUACCUACAAGCAAUUGGUAUCGCCCUGUGUUUCCCCAACAGAAAGUGGCACCAGGUCAGGCUGUUCACAACGUGGGCCCACAAAGCACUGCUUGGAAUCCCCCUUGCAGUAUGGGAUUUCAAGGUAAUUCCAACUAUGGCAUCUCUACAUCAGAAAAAGUCCCAAGGACAGGAGGCACUUCUGAGGCUGGGGAAAAGUCUAAAACAACAUCAAAGGAAGAUGGAGGUGUAGAUAGGGGAGUUGGGGAUGAGAGGGCAAAAAGACCUGAGUUUGUGCAACAAAAGACUGGGGAUUUAAAACAUUCAGGAAGCCAAAACAGGAAGAGAGGAAGGAAGAUCACAGAGGAAUCAAGUGAAAGUUGUGACUCUGGAAGCAGCAUUGACACUGAAGAAGUUAUGGAAGAUGGUCUUUCUUCUCCUCAGAAUGGAGCUACUGAAGGCCAUUACCCACGGAGGUCUACUAGACAGAAGACUAAAGUUACUUAUAAUGAAGAUACAAGUGACGAUGAUGACUUUGUGCCUUCUACUAAAAGGUCAAGAGGCACUUCAGAUGAGCAGAGCAAGGAAACAUCUUUGGAGGAAGAGGCAUCUAAAACCAAUAAGCAGGCUGGUUUUGUCAGUGAUAGUAAAGAGGUUGAGAAAGAGGAGCCCCCUCUUGGAGAAAACUUAGCAAAUGGAAAAGAUAGGGCCAAGGAAUGCAAAGAAAAUGGAAAAGUGCCUGUGCAUGAUGUCAGAGAAAAGUCCAAAGCUGAUGAUUCUAAAUCAAAGACAAGCCAUGAGACCCAGCUAGAGCCUGGGUUCUUUGACUGCCCUGAUGCAGAGUUCAGUGACUUUGACAAGAACAGAAAAGAGGAUUCUUUUGCAGUUGAUCAAGUCUGGGCUAUCUAUGAUGAUGUGGAUGGCAUGCCUAGGUUCUAUGCUCGGGUUGGGAAAGUAUUUUCACCUGGAUUUAAGUUGCGGAUCACUUGGCUAGAACCUGAUCCAGAUGACAAAGAUGAGAUUGAUUGGGCAGAUGAGGAGUUGCCAGUUGCUUGUGGCAAGUUCAGACUAGGGAGUAGUGAGUUUGCUGAGGAUAUGCCUAUGUUCUCUCAUUUGGCUUCCUGGGAAAAAGGCAGAGCCAAAGGUUCUUACAUGAUAUACCCUAGAAAGGGAGAAACUUGGGCACUUUUUAAGAACUGGAGUAUCAAUUGGAAAUCUGAACCAGAUAAUCAUAGAAAGUAUGAGUAUGAAUUUGUUGAAGUCCUGUCAGAAUAUGAUAAGGAAGCUGGUAUUACAGUUGAAUUUAUUGGUAAGGUGAAAGGGUUUGUAUGCUUGUUUCAAAGAACAACGAAGGAGGGUGUUGGUUCAUUCCAAAUACUGCCCAAUGAGUUGUUUAGGUUUUCCCAUAAGGUACCAUCAUUUAGAAUGACUGGUAAGGAAAGAAAGGAUGUUCCAGAAGGGUCGUUUGAGCUUGAUCCUGCUUCUCUGCCUACUGAUCUGGAAAAGUAUGCUUGUCCAGAAGAUGUGAAAGUAGAAGUUGAAAAUGCCGAUGCUAAAGUCAAGGGUUCAUGCCCUAAAUCUCCAGAGAACAAGAGGCCCCUGACAAAGAGGUGUAACAUGAAGGAGGAGAGCAUAGACCAAGAUGAGAAGAAUGCCCCAGAAAGUAGGAAUUCAAUUAGCAGCCAUCAGUCUCAGGGUGGAUUGAAUGACAUCCAUACGAAGCCUAGUCAAGCAAAUGCAGGUCAAUGUAUGAGGAAAGAAGAGAUUGCCAAGCAUUUAGACAGUGGUAUGGGAGACUGCUGCCGUGAUGGUCUGCCUCCUGCUGAAGUAAGUGACUCGAUGUGUCAAGCUGAUGAAGAAGAGAGGAAUUCAGGUCCCAGGGACACCAAUUCUGAUAGUGUUGCUGAAGAUCCUAGUUCCUCUCCUGUUUCGUCUGCAGAACCUUCUGAAAUUCCAGAGUCAGAUUUUUAUGACUUUGAAAGUGAAAAAUCCCAUGAGAAGUUUCAACCCGGUCAGAUAUGGGCAUUAUAUAGUGAUGUGGAUGGCUUGCCUAAGUACUAUGCUCAAAUAAAGAAAAUCAAGUCUCCCCCAGAUUUCAAGGUGUACAUAACAUGGCUUGAAGCCUGUGAGCAGCCUAAGGACAUGAUUCAGUGGCUUGACAAGGAGAUUCCUAUUUGCUGUGGUACUUUUAAGGUUCAAAACGGGAAACCAACUGUUUAUGAUGAAACCGGUUUCUUUUCUCACCAGUUGAGAGUAGAGACCUCUGGUAAGAAUGGAUAUAAUAUCUACCCAAGGAAAGGUGAAGUUUGGGCAUUAUUCAAGGACUGGAAUACUGAAUGGACAUGCUCUGAUCUGCUUGGUUGCAAAUAUGACAUAGUAGAAAUCCUUGAGGACAAUGCUUUGGGGAUAAAAGUCCUGCUCUUGGUACAGGUGGAUGGUUACAAGUCAGUUUACAAGGCUAAAAGAAAAGGUGCGUCAGCUGUCACUAUGGAGAUACCAAGGGUGGAGUUGCUCAGAUUUUCUCAUCAAAUUCCUGCCCACCAGUUGACAGAGGAGAGGGAUGGCAGAUUGAGAGGCUGUUGGGAACUUGAUCCUGCAGCCAUGCCUUCUUAAUUUUUGUUAAGCUCUUUACUAGUUCGUGUUAGAGCAUCCUAGGUUUCUAUAUGGGGCAUGCAUAUUGGAGCUGCCUUCAGAAGCAUGGGUGGGUUCCUUGACGAUUUUGUUCUGGUCUGAAGGUUUCAAGGGGAAGGAAAAGCCGUGCUUUUUUUGUUUUCUUUUUGACAUUUCAGCUUUUCUUUUCUUGUUUUGAUCCUUCAGGUUAAUGAUGCAGCUUGGCAUCUUAUGUAAUGGAUGAGCGAUGGGAUCAAUCUUUUAAACUCAGAUGAGGUGAAUGAUAUACACUCCCAUUAUUAACUGUCUAUUUAUUUGGCAUCUUUUGUAAUAUGUCGUCUCUAUGCUUUCUCUCUCUCUCUCAGUAAUAUGUUUGAACUUUGAAUAGAAAUGUACCAAAACACAGCUUUGAAUUACA